AUGACCUUUCAUUGCUCUAGGUUAGUAAUACCUUUUGUGUACAAACUAAGUGAACUAUCUGUUCAUCGUGUUAACCAAAUCCAGGAUUUGGACAUUGUGUUGGUUCCUUCACUUAACUUUAGUCCUCAUAUUGAUAUGGCAAUAGGUGAGUAUGACGAAAAGCUUUUAGUGUAUUGAGUUUUAUAAGGGUCUCCAUCAAUUUUAGUUCCCCUAAUUGCCUACUAGCUCUCUAUAAUGCCUUAGUCUGUUCGGUUCUUAAAUAUUGGUCCAUUGUAUAGUCAUCAUACACCGUCUUUGACAUUCGACGAAUUGAUCAAGUGCAAAACUAUUUUAUGAGCUUUGCUGGUUACUGUCUCAAUAUUCCCUACCCAAAACAUGAUUACAGGCUUAUUAAUCACACUCUUAAACUAAAUUACCUUUUUGCUAGACAUAAUAAAUUUGAUGUUAACUUCAUUCGUGGUCUAAUCGAGGGUCAAGUUGAUGUCCAAGGAUUCUUGAACUACUUAAUUUAAGUAUUCCCAGUAAAACUAGGAUACUGUCUACUUUUUACUUUCCUAAAAAUAAAUCUAACUCGCCAGAAAUGUCCCACUCUCAAGAAUGAUGCGCAACGUGAAUUUGUCUUAAUCCUUAUAACGGAGGUGCACUAUUUUGCUUGUCUCUUUGUUUCUUUGUUUCUUGUUGUCAUUACACUAUUAUUAUUAUUACUAGUAUUUAAAUUAAUCUAAUGUAAACAAUACUGUUACUUUAUAUGGUUAAUUACACUCUAUAUAUAUUAUUUGUAAAAAGUCAUUUAUUCUAAUAAAUAAAUAAAUAAAACAAUUAUUUCUUAACAACAAAAAUUAGGUAUAAAAUUGAAACAUGUAUUUUAAAAAAUAAUUAAACAUAAAUGGUUAAAUAUAUACACAUCUUCUAAUUCUCUUUAUAAAAGAAGUUUUUCAUUUUCUAAUUUGGUAAUUUUUUCAAUCAUGCUUUUCAUCAUUAGUUGAUUUUUUAAAUGUACCUAUCUAUUUUUUUAAAUUAUAGGAUCAAAAAUUUACUUCUGUAGAAAAUGUUUUAUUUUUAUAAAUUUUAUUUUAAUAAUUAAAAUGAAAGAUAAAAUUUAGUUAAUUUAGAUUUUACUACAUAUUAUGGUGUAUUGUUAUUUUAAAGAUCAAAAGUAUUAUUUUGAUUAUUAAAUGAUAUGUUAGAGAACUAAAUUAUGGUGUAAUCAAUUUUAUUUGAUGCUUCUCUAUUACAUAAUGUACGCCAUUGACCUUAUACUUAGAUGGAGUAUCCAUGUGAGAUACUGAUUGGUAUAAUAUAGUCUCGCCACAAAUGAUGAAAACUAUUAUAUUCCAUUGAUACUUGAUAAUUUGUAUGACACAAGCUAGUCUUCAAGUCUCAAUUAGUCCAAUAAUUCUUUGUUUAGGUUCUGACUGAAGUGAGGAAUGUAUUGGUUUUACAAUUUUUUCCUGUGAACAUCUUCUAUCAGCAAUUUUGUUCCGAUUUAAAUGAUGGCACUUUUUUGAAAAGAAAUUGGGGAGGUACUUAAGAGAGGUCGUGUUUGAUUUUCACAUGAGUUUUCCCAAUGAAUGGGAAAAAUGUAGGAAAAUAGGUGCAAUAUUACAAUUCAUUUUUGUUUUACUACUAAAAACUUAUUAUAAUGAAUCUCCUGUUCAAUUUUCAAGCAUUUCUGUUAUUAUGUCACACGAACAAGUAUUUUAAUAUUAUUAUUAAAGACAAGCUAUAUAAAUAUUAAAAUAUCUUCAUCUACUCUUUUACCAUCAAACUCAUUCCACUUGAUUCGAUGAGCUUGCCCCAUCGCAUACACUGGUUGUUCUCAUAUCAUUCUUAAUCGUAUUCAACCACCUCUUUUUCGGUCUUUCUUUCUCCCUCUUCCUUCCUACAUGUAUUUGCAUUACAUUUCUUAUUGCUUUAGAUUCAUCUCCUCAUGAUAUUGUGUCCAAACCGUUUCAGUCUGAUAUCACUAAAGUAUCAUGUACAGUCUGAUAUUUUUUUAAAUUUUGUUUACUAUUGCCACGCCUAAGCUAUCUCUUAUGUACUCUCAUUUUCCUUUCAUUCUCAUCUCUCUGUUACAUUCAUUUUCUAUUCUAUUUUUUUGUCUAUUCCGAACCAUACAACAUAUUAUAGUUAAUCUCGCCACAUUUUUGAAAAAUUGAUCUUGAAAUUAUAUUGAAAUUCUUUUGCCACAUAAAACAUCUACCGAAUGCUUUUCUUUACUUUAUCUUUCAUCUUAUAUUUCAUAUUAUUGUCAAGACGUCAACGCCACCGUUCUUUUAUAAAAAUAUCCUAGGUAAGUACCUAUGUACAAUGUUUAAAUUUGUUUUACAGGAUCAUUGUAUUUGAUCAAAAUAAAAUUUGACAAUGUCAGUGCAAGGGAAACGUUCUUUUGGACCUUGCAUAGAAAAAUGGUAUUUUAUCGUUUUAUUUUUGCACAUUUUUUUUUUUUUUUUAUACAAAAUUAUAAAUAAAAAUUACAUAAUAUCAGUUAAUGUUUAUUUCAGGGGGGUGACCAGGAAAUAUACCUUCUCCGCAGAAAAAUGUAUGUUUUCCCCAGAAAAUGUAAGACAUAUUACGACGUAAACUACAUGUGCUAUGGGCCGAUUAUGAGUCAUCUUGUUGACAAUAAAAUAAAAAAAAUAUUGUGUUACAUAAAUAAGUGUGUUUAACGAGCUACAAAAAAGUCAUUAUAGGUAUUGAGCGUAUUUUCUUAAUUUUUUUCCUAGGUGUAAAAAUUCCUAAAUCCGGCUUCAUCUUUGGCAUACUCCUUCGGAAAUUUACGACUAUGCGUUUCCAAAUAAGAUACCUACGUAAAACAAACUUGAGUAGUUUCGAAUAAAAAUAAAAAUGAUCGAUGGGUGUAAAGGAUAAAAAUAGGUGCAUUUAUUAUUCGUUGAGAAUUACGUUUAGUUAACGUUGUUAGCCAGUCAAACUUGCGUCGAUGUACGGACAAUGGUUAUGAACUAAUUUACGUCUAGGACACGUACACAAAAUAAAUUUUUAAAAUUAAUAAAAUAAUAAAUAUACAUUAUUAUACAAUAUCAAUAUUUAAAAAUCAAUAAAACCAGAGGUUGUUUAAUAACACUAUAAGUUGUUUAACAAUAACAAUUAUUAUUAUUAUUCCGGCCUCCGGGAAAUUCGUUGAUAUAGUUAAUCUAAAAUUCUAUAAAUAAUAAAACAAUAAAAUUCACUCAUAAGGGUACUUUAUGAACUUGUUAACGGUCCACUUAAAUGAUUAGUCCGCCAUUAUAGAAUGAAAAAUAACAGAUUAUCCAAGAAGAAGAAAAAAUAAUAAUUGUAUACAUUUAUGAUUUAAUGGCGAAUCUCAAAUACCCGUCAUAUUAAAAUUACUUUUGUUUAAAAUCGAAUAACAUUUUUUUUUUUUUAAUAAUAUUAUUUUUUAUUUUAUAUGCAAACCGUCUUACAUAGAAUUUAAAUAAUUAAAAUCCUAGUAAAUGUUUUGGUUUGAAUGUUUGAAUAGUAAUUGAAUAGGUAGUGAAAAUGUAAGUUGUUGACACUAGGUACUUAUAUAGGUACACAUUAUUAAAGUAUGUGUAUUUUGUACUUUUGUAGGUUAGUUUGUUUUCUGGAAAUUAUUGUUUAAUCUAAUAUUUUAAACGUGCCAAUAGUCAGUACCAUCAUUCUGAAUAUGUGAAUCUUGAUUUAGACAUUUUAGUUCAUUUGUUUAUUGUGUUUUCUACCUCUCCACGUUAAAUUAUACCGACUAUGUAGUGUUUAAUACAUUAUUUUUUCGAAUUAGUUAAUUUUAAAAAAAUUUUUUAAACCAUUUGUUCAAGUAUGUACAUUUUAAAUUGAUUAUUAGUUUUAUUUCUGUAUUAUACUAUUGUUUGUUUUAUGAACUUUUGAAUAUAUUUACACGUAUUUGUACUUCGGUACCUAACAUGAAUAGAUUCGUAUAACCAUUUAUCAAUGUCGGAGCACUGAAUAUAUUUCAGAUCUUAGACUAACAACUUUUUACAUAAUUAUUUUCUUUAACUGAUGCGUGCUUUUUUUUUUUUAAUGUGAAUACCUUUUCUGUUGAUACCUACGUUAUGUCUAGUUUGUGCAUUUAGGACGUAAUUUUCAGAUUUCCCUUAUAGUUUUCUUAAUAGUGAAAAACCGGAAAAAUGUACGCAAUAACGUUUCCGUUAAUUUUGAUUUCGUUUUUUGUAGUAGGUGUAAUUCAGUGAAAUAUCUGGUUUAAAAUAAUCGUAGAAACCAAUAUUUAGAACAUAUUAAUAUUGGCCUUUUAUAUAUAUGGUCAAAUUUUCAAAAAGUUCUGGCGAUUUAUGAGUUAUUUAUAGACAUUGGACAUUUUUUUUUUCAAUUGUUAAAAUUUGUUGUUGAUUUUAUACACAUACAUUUUUAAACUAAGCAGAAAUAGUUAAAAUUUUAAUAUGGAAAUUCAUCGUAAUUUGUGGUUAGUUACAUAGGUAAUGUUAAUAAAAGGUAACUGUAAUACUGUAAUGCAGUGAUCAUAAUAAAACUAUGGUAGUAAUAGUUUUAUUGUAAAAAUAAUUGCUUUUCAAAAUAUGCUUAACUGAAUUUCGCUCACAACCAUUCUUUAUUAGUGUUGCUAUAUGAAUUUAAUACACUAUAAAAUCUAAUAAGAUAUAUUUAAAUUAUCUAAAUUUAAUUCAAAAUAUUAUUAAAAUGCCAAAUAAUACUUAAUAAAACUAAAAAUUCUAAAAUACCUACUAAAUGGUAAUGUAUAAGUAACCUAGUUUAUAGAUACUUUGGUACUUUCAAAAUUCACUGUAGAUAUGUCACAAUUAAUGACCAUGUUAACUUGAUUUACUGUUGUGUUCACACAUAAAUUGAAUAACUCUAAGUGUAUGCCAUAUUAUAUUUCUGCUUUACAAUAAUACAUUAAUAAUUAAUUUUUUUAUAUGUACCUUUUAACUUGUAGUAAUUUCUGUGAUAGAAUUAAACAAACAAAUAAGUUUAUAUAAUAAUAUAUAAAUAAUAAUAAAUAAUACCAAAAUAUGAAUAUGUACUAAUUAUCAAGUAAAAUAUAUGAAUAGGUAGAUAUUAAUUAUUUUUGACUAGAAUAUUGUUUAUGUAUAUAUUUUAUAUUUUAUUGCAUACAAAUUAAAGUUUGUUUUAUUAAUAUUAAGUAGGUAUCUAUUUUAAUUGUAAUGAUAUAAUUUGUGUAAAAUAUUGGAAACGGAAUUUCCGAAUUCCAUUACCUUCUAUUCAAAUUAUUAAUAAUAAAAUAUUGGGACAAAAUUAUUGUAAAUGAGAUCAAUGUUGUUUGGGGCUCAAGCUGAUUACCAAUUUUCUUUUUAUCUUUAAAUUAAGAGUGUAGAAGAAAAAAAACAUGAAUUUUUAAACAAAUUUCAAUUUGUAGAACAUAGGUACAUGUAUUAAUACAAAGUUACCUACUUUGUACAUUUUUUAGUCAAACACCACAUCUGAAAUUUUGAUAUUAAAUCAAUAUAUAUUAAAAAUUAAUUUUGUGUUUACCAUAAAUAUAAUAGUACUUUUAGAUAUAAGUUAUAACCUAUUUUGUUUUAUUUUUAUAGUUAGCAAGUAUUUCCAAAAGUGUUAAUAACUGAAUUAGAAUAAUGGAGUUGGAAAGGUACAGUUUAUUAUAAUUUUAUUAUUUAAGUUAAGUUCAUAUAAUUUAUAACAGUUUUUUCGACUUAAGGCAUACUAAUUUUAUGAGUCACAGUCACUAUUAUUGAAUUCAGUGGAUAUAUUAAUUAUAGCUAUAAUAUGAACAGUACUACUUUCGAUUUUAGUGAUGUAAAAAUUCCUACUGAUAGGACACCAACUUCAUCAAUUUUCUCAAUAUUGAUCACUUUUUUUAAAAUUUGCUCACUUUAAAUUAUGUCACUUUUUCUUGAUUCUUCUUUCUUCAAUUCUACUAUUUUAUUAUACUUUUAUAUAUCAAGAAAGAGUUUGUUAAUUUACGAAAAGUGUUUAAAAUAUGCAUUAAUAACAAACCUUAACUCUUUAAAAUAUACACCAAUAUGCAAAAUAAAAUUCAGCCUAUAAAAUCAGUUAGAUUUAAAACUUAUGUUUCAAACUCUUUAUAAUCGUUACACACUCAGUAUGAACAUAAAAAUGCAUACAAUUCUGGUUUCUAUUUACAAGUUAUACUUAUAAUAUUACUUCUUAUUCCUAUACAAUAUAUACACGUGAUCAAUAAGUUAGCAAAAUAAUUUCAAAUUCACUUUUUAUUUUAUUUUGUGAAAUUACACAAAAGAUUGAGAAGCAUAAUUAAUCAAUAAUUAUAAUUAAUAUGCCUUAUUACUGUCAUACAUUGUAACCAAUUUCUUUUUCCCCCAAUAAUUUAUAGAUCUAUUUAUCCGCUACUUGAUGAAACAUUAAAUUAUUUAAACAAUGGAGUGAUUGGAAAAGUUAAAAAUUUAGUAAGAAAUAAAAACAAUACAUUCGUUUUUCAUAUGUCAUUAGAUAAUUGCGAACAAAUUAAUGUUGAUGAAUUUCAUUUGGCUGUAUUAAAUGAAGUUUAUGUACCUAUGUAAGUUAAAAACUAAUUUUAAUUAGCAUUAUACAUGUAUAAAUAUUUAAAUUUGUUAAUAUAAAUGCAUGUAUUUAAAAUAAACUUAAAAAAAAUAAGUUAAUUUAGCCUCUUUUAAUUAUUUUACAUUACAUAAUAUUAUAAUAAUUUUUUUAAGGUGUGAUGUAAAACCAGGUUCAUUAUUAGCUUGCCCUCAUCCGCAAAAUAAAAAGUGGACUCGGUGCUAUGUUAUAUCUAUUUGUCAUCAACAAGCUAAUGUUGCAUUUUGUGAUACUGGUGAAAUGAGUCUAACUAAAAAAUUUAAAUGUAUUCCUGAAAAGUACAAAAGUAUCCCAGUUAUUACAUUUGAAGCUGAGUUGAAGGUUAUUUAUCCUCAUGGAAAAUUACAACAUUUAAUAGAGGUAGGAAAAUUAUAUUUUUAAUUGAAUCUAUAAGUUUAAUUAUUUUUAAGAUUCUGAGUAAAAGUUGAUGUUUUUUUAAUUUUAAUUUUGUUCUUUUUUUUUUAAAACAUUUUGGAGUCUUAAAAAGUUUCCAAAGUUUAAUAUGAGUAUCUCUUUAGAUGGAUACAUUUAACAGUUAUUUUUCAAAAUGAUCAUUAUAUUUAUGCAUUUCUAUUAAUAAUUUUGUCUUAAAUUUAAAUUAUUGAUAUUACUCCUAUCUCUACUUGCUAAACAUGUAAUAUUUUGUCCUCAUUGGAAAAUUAUGUAAUUAACAUCUUAAUUUAGUAUUUAUUGUUUUUAAUCUUUUAUUUUGUAAUUAAUUUUAUAAUUCAGUAUAUAAAUGAUAAGGUACACCAUAUUAAACUGUAUAAUAGGUUCCUACUGGGUUUAAUGAAGAUAAUAGGAUAUAUUUUAAAAUCUGAAUGCAUGGUAUUCAGCAGGCCAAAUGUAAUUUUGUAAUUUUGUGCACAUUAUUUAUAUUUACACAAACUAUUUUUAUCUUUUUUUGUCAUCUCUAUCUCCGUGCUUAGUUUGUUACAGAAUUGGAUUAUUAGGGGUGUUAAGGUUACUAAAAAGAAGCAGUAUUUACAAUUGUAUAGUUCUAGGUGAAAUUAUUUCCAAGAUACGAGUGUUUAAAAAUUACAGUUUUGAAAUUUUGCUACAUAAAAGUGUUUGAGAGUAUAAUUACAAGGAAAAAUUAAAAUCAUUAAUAAUCCAGCUUUGAGGGGCAGGGGGCUAGCAGGGAAAUUAACAUCUACAGAAUACUAUGUCACUUCUGUAACAAUUAUUACGUAUUAAUUUGUCCAUAUACUUUUCAUAGUAUGUUUUUGAAUGUCAACAACUAUACGUGUUUAUUAUCUAUAAAUACCUGUGUUGUACCUACCAUACUGUUUAUAAUUAUAAUAUACUGACUAUUUGAUGCUAUUUUAUAUUAAUUGUAUUAUUUAGCCAUGUGGGACACACAUAUACUUAUGUAUAUAUAUAUUAUAUUGUUAUAUUUAAGUUCUACAUUACAAAAAGUAGUGAUAUAUCACCAUUUCGGCAAAGCAGAUAAUUUUCUUUGCACUGAACUUGGCCCUUUUUUCACAUUUAUGUUUUUGGUGGUAUUUACAAUCUUACUAAAAUAUUUACCUCAAAAUUAUAUACCUGUGAAAUAUGUAAUCAUGAAUUUUGAUAAAGGAGUUUAAAAAGACUGCAUUAAUGGGCAAUGACAAGUUAUCGUUCUCUCACCACCAUCAGAUAUUUCGCCAGCUUUAAUUUUAAUUUUUAAUUUAAAACUAUAAGUAGCACAAUUCUUCAAACAACUUAAUAUUAUGAAGAGAUUAAUAAAACUGUUGAUUUUGUAUUAAUUACAUUUAAUAUUGUAUUUGGUAUGUAUUUAAUUUUGACAAUAUCUUUGAUGUUUUUAAAAAAGAACAUGAUGUUUGUACGCCUUUAUACAUUAAAUAUAUUCUAAAAACUACAGAAUUAGUACUAUUAGAAUUGAUUUUGCAUCUUGUGUGUUAUUUCUCCAAACAUGCUUUUUGUCUGUACAAUAACAACUAACCAUUAAAUUGCAUUGUCAUUAACAUUUAUUUAUUCAUUUUUAUAUUUAUUUCAGCAUUUUGGUGAUUAUAUUGUGUCUUUCGAACAAUUUAAAUAUAAGCCAAAUAAUUUAACUCGUAAAAAAAUGAAAUUAACUUAUAAAAAUGUGUCUAUAAAUUUUAUUAUUAAUAAAUGGAAUCCACAAAAUUCUAUUAAAAUGAGUGGCACUUAUUUUAAUUCAUUAAUGAAAAAUGGUAGUGCUGUGGUCUUAGCAAAAGUAGAAAAUUAUGAUUGGAGGCACAUAUUUGUUAGAAGUAUUGAUCAGUUUGUUAAUAUUUGUAAACAAUUGCAAACAUAUUGUGAAACUGGUAAUUUUAUUUUAUAUAUAUUGAUAGGAAACGUGUUUAUGGCUAAAAUUAUAAAAUAUAUAUAUAUAUUUUUUCUUAGCAUCGAAGAUCGAUAGAAUCCCUAUUGUAGGUGAUAUCAUUGCAGUAAAAUGUGUAGAUAAAUUUUACAGAGGCAAAAUCAUAGAUUUAUUAGAUGAUUCAAAUAUUUCUUUGUACUUAAUUGAUGCAGGAUAUGUGAUUUCAACUUCAACUGAUUGUAUAGUUGAUUUAUCAAAGUCAUUACAAAAGGUAUGUUUCAAUAUAUAUAAUUUUCUAUAGCAUUCAAACUUAAAUUAUUAAUUAAAAUUUAUAAAUAAUGUGUGUUUUUCAUAAUACUUUAGAUUCCAUCAACUGUCUGGUUAGUUGGUUUAAAAGAUAUAACUAUGAAGCCGUGGAAUCAGGAGACUUUUUUAUAUAUUAAUACACUAUUUGAAAACUCUACAACUAUGAUAAUGGUAAGAAAUCAUUAUAGUAUAUGUGUGUUUAAAACAAUAGAUUUUAUGAUAUUUUUAAAAUUAUUAACUAUUAAUAACACCAGUUAUAAAAUUAUCAAGUAGGUAUAAGAAAUAUUAAAUGCUAAUAUUUUUUAUUUAUUUUAUUUUUAUAAGUAUUAUAUCAUAUUUUAUUUAAUUUAACAAACUAAUAAGUAAUAUCUAGAUAAUAAGUAAUUGGUAAUUUUUAUUAGUCAUGUUUGACCUUAUUUUCAUAUUUUAUUUAUCUAUUCUAUUUAAUGUUAUUUAGGAGUAUGCCGAUUACAAUCCUCUUGGAUUGGAUUCUGUUACUUUAACUGUUAUUAAUAAUAAUGAAGAUGUAAAUGAUCAUUUGAGAGAACUCUUAGUAAGAUUUAAUUAUUAUUAUAUAAUUAUAAUUUAUUUAUUAUUAUUAUUAUAAAGCAUCUUUAAUUUGUAUUAUAUAGGGUAGAAUACAAUAAUAGAUACUAUAUAGUUUACAAACUUCAUAUUUAUGUUAGUACAUAAAACAUUUGAUUUUAUGUGGUCUAGUGUGCAAAGGUAGUUUUUUCUUUCAAAACAUGUCUUAUAGAAUUGUCCGAUUUUUUCAUUUAAGUAGUUUUGUUGAAAAUGGGCAAACUUCUUUUACAGCCUACAUUAAACAACGUUUUUUAAUACUUUAAUCUAAAAUGUAUACUAUGUUUUUAAAAUGUUAAGCUUUUUUAAUAUUAUUAUUUGGAAUAAUAAAAUAAUAUGGGUUUCUGAGUUCAAUGCCGUUUGUAGAAUGUUGUUACUUAUCAGUUGAAACAUAAUGGUUUAAACAUUAAAUGGACAAUGAGUUAUUCUUAUUCCCGUAUAGUUAUAUUUGUUUAUAAAAUGGUUGUUCCUUCUUCUUUUAAAUAAGUGUUUGGUUAGUAUAUUAGUGAAAAAGUCUUAUAAUUAAAGUGUUAAAAAUAAUUUUCAAGUUCUGCAAAAUAAGUUAAAAUUUGAAAAAUCGGCAUUGAUCACCUUAAUGUAAACUUGUUAAUGUAAUGUACACAGAAGAUAGUUCAAAGUUAAUACAUUUUAUUCGGCAUUGAUGCUAUUGUAUAUUAUUUAUUUUUAUUAAUUUUGAAGUUUCUCAGAAUUGAAUUUAAGUGGCUGUGUACGAUUGUUUUCUUGAGCUUACUGCAUCAACUGUUAAAUGAGAUAACCUUAUAUAAUAAUAAUUAAAGCAAAGAUAAAAUCUUAGGUUGACAAGUUUAAUGACUCACCUCUUAGAUUAACUAUAGAGAUAUAAAAUUGAUACAUAUUUAUAACCUAGAAUUAUGAAGAAGAUCCCGAAAACUGUUUUCUAUAUGUCAAUAAUCCAGUUGAAGAUUUAAACUCUACUUUAAAGCUGCAUUCUAAUACAAUUAUUCCAGUAAAAGUAGAAAAUUCAAAAAUAUCAGGUUAUUAUAUAAAAUAUUUUUAUUUUAUUAAUGUACUAUAUAUCUUUAAUGCAUAUGUAAAUUAUGUAUACAUCAAAGUGUUAAAAUAGUGUAAAAUUUAGAUUUUAAAAUUAUUUCAGAACGCAUUGAAAGUAAUCUGCUGCCUGGCAGUGUAGUUUACAUGGCUGGUUUUGUAGAUUUUAGUGAAGUAUAUAUUAGAAAAUAUGAAGAUCACAAUGAGUUUAAUAAUCUUUUAGAUAUGUUUAAUAUAUUUUGUUUUUCGGGUAAACAUAUAUAUAUAUAUAUAUAUAAUUGUUAUUUUUCAAUAUUUUUAUUGACUGUUUAUUUUUGUUUUAGCUAUACCAGUUAGUAGACCAUUAGAGAUUAAUGAAAUUAUCGGAGUUAAAUCUAAAUUGGAUGAUUGUUUUUACAGAGGCAAAGUUUUAAAACAAAUUGACCACAUCAAUUACCAAAUUGAGUAUAUUGAUUAUAGUACUAUUGUUGAUGUACCUAUAUUUUAUGUUUUUGAAAUUCCUGAAGAAUUUAUGGUAAAAUAUUUAUAACUUAUUGAUUUAUUGCAUUAUUAUUUUUAUUUAUAUAUUCAUUAGCAUAAUAUUUUUUUUCUUUUAAAGAUUCCUUCAAAUGCGAUAUGUGUAGCUCUUAAAGGAUUGAAACCUAGUCCACUAAAUUCAGAUGCUUUUGAUUACAUUAAGUAUCUAUUGACACAUUCUAAACCAAUGAUAAUUGUAAGUAUCUAUACAUUUUGUAAAAAGAACCGGAAUGAUUUUAUCUAUUUAUACAUUUAUUUCCAUUAAACUUUAUUAUAUAAAUUAAUAUAUGUAAGAAGAAUUUAUAAGGUGAUCUAUUUAAGUAUUUAUCUACACUCAGUUUCUUAAAUAAUUGAAUUUAUUUUGAAAUUUGUUUUUUAAAUUAGUUAAGGAACAAGUAUCUUUAAAAUGUUUCAUUACUUUUAUUUUAUUUUUAAUCUAUUACGUAUACAUACAUAAACCAUUUUUGAUUUUAAAAUAGUAAUCUUUAUUAAUAAACCAUAAAUAGAUUGAGUAGUAUGUAAUAGUUCAAAUAUAUUUUUAAUUUUCAACCUAUUUCAUUGAGGAAAUAUUCCACUAUUAAGUUUUGGUAAUAAGAAGUAUUAGUGGACGAGUUUUUGUUGUGUAGUAGCACAGUGUGUAGCGAUUGAAUAAUGCUUCACUACUCUACCUCUAUCUAAAUUUUUUAGAACUAUUGGAACUUUGUAAAAAAAAUUAACUAAAACUUAUCUAAAUUUAAAAGUGGAAUAUCUUGUCAACAUGUUAAUGGAAAUUAGAAAUAUAUAUAACUAUAAUUAUCCUAUUGCUGUUGGGUAUACAGUAAGAACGAAAUACACCACCUACCUAUAAAUGUUACGGUUUACGGGUAUGUUUGAAACAAAUAUUUAUAAAUACUUUUUUUUUUAAAAACUAGCUUAUCAUUCGUUAACAUUUUCAAUGUUACCAUUAUAAUAUUAAUAGUAUUAGCCAUAAUUAGUCUGGACUUGUUAAUACCAUAUUAUGAGUUAAACACUAAGUUUUUGUGGUUUUUUUUUUUAAAAUUUGUAUUUGUUAAAUACGUGAUAUUUUUUUUUGUUAAUAAAAUAAUUUAUCUUGGCAUAAAUUAUUAUUAAUACACCUAUUUUUAUGAGACAAAUGACUGGUGUAUGGUUAAAAUAAUAUUAUAUUAUAAUAAAAAUAUAAAACUAUUAACUAUUGCUCUAUGUUCUAUUAUAUAAUAUAUGUCAACAGUUUUUUGAAAAUUGAAAAUAUUUUUUUAAGAAUGUGGAAAAACGAAAAAAAAAUGAGAAAAAUUAAUCAAAUUGAUCUAAUGUGUUAUACAAUUUUUUAAAAAAAGUUAAACUGAUAGAAGAAUUUCUUAAAAACUCUUUGAUAUUGUUCAUGCUGUUGCCUUGGUACAAAUUUUAUUGUGGUAGAUAAUAAUUUUUACUAUUGUAGCGAAAAAGAUAUAUCGGAAACAUUAAUAAAAAAAAAAAAAGGAAAUUGAGCUUAAAAUGGAUUACAAAAUGAAGGAAUACAGUAUUCAAUAAAAUGUAUAAGUGUAAAAGACCAUAUUAUUUUUAAGAAAAUGUUGUAUCUGAGAUAGUACUUGCAAAUUUUUUACCGUAAUUAGAAAUUCCGUUGCAAUUUUUAAAUAAAGACAUCAAUGAUUGGGAGGAAGUGAAAUUGUUCAAUCAAUGAAAAGUAGGUUUAAUUGAAGAAUACAAUAAAUUGCAGAAAAAACACAAGAUUCAAAAGUGUGCCUUAUUAUACCGGGAUACAAAAGAUUAACUUAAAUGCUAUAGUAAUAUAGGUACACACAUAUUUUAUACUAGUGUUUCUUAAACUUUUUAAGAUAACCAAACACCAACAAUAUUUUUUUAUGUGAAACCCUUAAAAUAUAAAAUAAAAAUAUUUAUUUUGUUUACUCAUAUUGAUAGUAAUAUUAUUAUUAUAAAUUUAAUAAAUUACAAUGCGCGCAUACAUGACGAGUUAUUGGGGGAAAAUCAUUAAUAUUCACUAAACUUACUACACUGCACAGCUAACUGUAGCACAGCAUUUUAUUGCUAAUUUUCCUUUUAUCAUUACUAUUAUCAUUAAAUGGUUAAUUGUUGUUGAAUUUUAAUUAAUUUUUUCCAGACUUUCCUGGAACCCCCUAAGAGUUAUUUGUGGAACAUUAGUGUUUUACAGAACAAAAUUUAAGAAACACUGUUUUAUACUCAGCACUGUUAAUAAUAUAACAAUAAUAAUAAUUAAAAUAAUAAUAAUUAAAUACAUUAUGAGUUAUACUUAAUAUAAUUUAUUAUCACCAAUUUUAAUAAAAAAAAAUUUUUACCGAAAAUUUAAAAUAUUAAAUUCCUGGUUAUAGUGAUCUAUAAAAUGUAAAAAAAAAAAAAUAAAUAAUUGUUUUAGUAUUCUCUUGACAAGAAAAAUAUGAUGAAGUAGUGCUUUCAAAAAAAUUAAAGUCAAUUUUUUGUUUCACCCUUAUAAGCAUUCUACAUUGUACCUAUAUGAAAUGAAAUGUUUGAAUGUAUGAAUAGAUAGUUAAUAAAUUUUACAUUAACAACUUUUUCUAUUGGUAAUUUUUUUUUUUACUUAUUAUUAUAAAAUAUAUAUUUUAUAAUUUUAAUAAAAUAAUAUAAAAAACUAAGUUUUCAUUAUAACUAUAACUUUCUAUAAUCCCCUAUUUAUAAUUUAUUUACCCAUGUUUAUUUAAAUUACCGAUGUAUGGUUUACAGUUCUUUUAGUUUAAAUACUCUGCUAUAAUAUAAUGAAUAUUAUAAUACAUAAACAUUGUAUUUAAAUACAUUUUAUUUAUAUCUUUAUAUUUAUUUAUUGUAUUUUAACAUAAUAGUCACAUACUAUGCUUUAUAUAUAUAUAUAUAUAUAUAUGUUUAUUUUUAUGAUGGAUUAAUUAUUAACAAUUGACCUAACCUAACCUAAUUUAACAUAACAUAUAAUUGAAUAGUUACUGUCUUUUUAAACUGUGAAUAUAAUAAUUGUAUGCAUUUCUAUUUAGGAUUUUUCUCCAGUAGAACACUACAAAAAUGUUAUUUUGAAAUUAGUAGAUGGUGAGAAUGUAAAUGAACGGUUACUUGAAUUAGUUAGUAAUGAUGGUUAUACAUUAGUAUCAGAUACAGUUAAUAAACAUGUAUCAGGUAUGUAAUAUUAUUACUUAUUUUAUAUUUUUAUACUUAGUUGAUUAAUGGAUUGGGUUAUACAAAAAAAAAUAAAAGCUUUGUUAAAAUAUAAUUUACUGCUUGAUUUUGAUUUUUUUGUUUUUUUGUUUUUAUGAUAAUUUUUUAAUGCCUAAUAUUAGUUUAAUAAUCUACUUUAAUUAUUUUUCGAUGUAAAUUUAAAGAAUGUUUAUGAAGAAUUUAAUUGAAAAUUUUCGGAUUAUUGUUAUGAUUUGUUUGACUUAUUUUCGUUCUACUACAUUAUAAAAAUUGCUACCAAUUAAGAUAUUCAAACUGUAUGGCUGAAAUGUAUGUAUAGAAAAAAAACAAGAAACAAAUCAAUAUUAAUCGCUAAUAUGAGCAUUUUAAUAACAAUGACAAAUGGUUAAAAGUUCAACAUUUCUUGUCAUACUACCACAAAAAAAUGAAUUUUUAUUUUAUUUUAAUUACAUUUAGAAAUUUAAGGUGUGUAUAGAACGAUAAAAAAGAUAAAUUGAUCAAAAAGGAUUUUGACAAAAAUUUCAUCCCCUUUUAUUUUUGACUAGAUUUUCAUAAGAAUAUUCCUAACAGGAUUUGAAUAUUUUAACUCAUGAACUUUCAUGUUCAGUAAUAUCUAUUUAAAGUAGACUGGCCAAGUGUCAGAAAAAAAGAAAAUUAUUAUUUAAUCAAAUAAAGGCUAUUUAUGCUUUAUUCAGAAUUUAAAUAAAUAAAAAAUAAAAUAUUAUUUAAACUAAGGAAAAUUGGUAAUUUAAUAAUACAAAAUAUUAGACUUUAAAUUUUGUGAGAAACUGGAAGUUCUAGUUUUACAGUGAAAUAGGUUUUUUUUUCAUUGUACAUUACUUUUUUGGAUAAAGUUGUAAAUAUUAAAAAGGUAAGAUAAUUGAGACAAGUGCAGCCACUGGUGUAGGUGGAAGUUAAAAAUGUAGGAUACAGAUGGGAAUUUAAUGUAUACCUAUAAGCAACGAUAAACCAUUGCUUACAAAAAAAAAAUGAUUAAAAGUACAAACGUUGGUUUUUUUUUUUUAUUAGAAGAUUUCUUCAAAAAAGAAAUGCACAGUGACGACAUUUUAUCUACAUGUUUAGAAAAUGUCACAAAAGAAGAAAUUCACAGUGACAAAAAUUCAUCUAAAUUAAUAAAAGGAGAUUUAGUUUAUAUUGUUACAUUUAUUGAUGUACAUCAUAUAUUUGUACGCAAGGUUAAAGAUGAAAAUGAUGAUUUUUUAAAUUUUGUAGAACAAGUGAAUUUAUAUUGUUCAGCAGGUAUUUAUUACAUUUUAACUAGUUAGGAGAGUUGAUCAUAAAUAUUACUAUUUAAUAUUUAUAAUCAAUGACCAAUUAUAUUAAAUAUUUAUUUUUUUUGCUUGAAAGAAACACCCAUUGGUAAAUUACCUAAAUUAAACGACAUCAUUGGAGCUAAAUCAAAAACAGAUGGAUUAUUCUACAGAGCACAAGUUGUAAAAAAAAUAAAUGAAGUUAGCUAUAAUGUACAAUUUUUUGAUUAUGGAAUUGAAGAGAAUGUACAUUUAUCUGAUAUUGUAUGUCUUUCUACUGAAUUAAAAGAAGUUAGUUAUUUUAUUUAAAUUUAAAGAAUGGGAUAAUAAGAACUUGUUACUUAUAACUAUUAUGGUUUUUAAAAUUUGUUCAAAAUGUAGUAGAAAUUGACUCUAAUGAGAUAUGUUAUUAAUCUUACACUUAUAAAACAUAAUAUGUGUGACAAUUUCCUUUUAAUGUUAGUGUUCAAAUAUUCAGAACAAUAAAAUAAUUUUAAAUUAUAAAAAUAUUGAUAUACUUUUAUAUGCUUUUGUUAUGGUACACUUUUUCUUUUUUCUUUAAUCUUUUUAAAGUUAUACUAGAUUUCUACUGUACACAUAUCUAUUUUGUAUUCAUGAUUUGUAUUCAUUUGUUUUUAUCUGAAUAAGUAUGUAACAUCAAAAGAAUAUAAUAUUUAUAAUUUUGUGAUGUUAUCUGAUUAUUCAUAAGAUACCUACUACAAUUCACUUGGUCAAACUCAAAGAUAUUGGAUUCUGUAAAUUAAAUAAAGUUGCUCGGGAAUAUUUUACUUUAAUUAGUGAAAAUGAAACUUUAAUAGUAGUAAGUAAUUUUAAAUCUAUAAAUAAAAAAACUAUUUAUUUUAUAAUUAUUUUCAAUAUAGGAAUACAUUGAAGAUGAUACUAAUAAUGUAAUACUGAAAACUAGUGAAAAUCAAAAUAUCAAUUGUCAUCUAAGUAUGUUGAUUUUUGAAAAUAAUGAGAUGAUAAAUUCAACUAGAACAAAAGAAACUCAAGAAAUGACAAAAAUAGGUAGAUAAUUUUUCUUUUAAAUGCCACUUAUAAUUAUUAAUCACCAAUUUACCAUAAAAAAUGAAUUAAAGAUAACAGAGUGCAAUCAAAAUUUAUUGGAACAUGCUUACAACCAGGCACUAUUGUUUAUAUGACUGCCUUUAAUGAUUUUAAUGAUAUAUAUAUUAGGAAGAUAGAUGAUUAUAAUGAUGAAUAUCAUAACUUAAUAGAAAGAGUUCACGAAUUCUGUUUAUCAGGUAAAACAGUUAUUAAAAUAUUUAUGUCUGAAUUAAUUGAUUGUUAAAUAUUUAUUGUAGCUGUACCAAUCAAUAGAUCUUUGGCAACUGGUGAAAUUGUUGGAGCAUUAUCUACAUUGUAUGAUGGCUAUUAUAGAGCUAAAGUUUUAAAAAAAAAUGAUGAUACAAGUUAUACAAUUCGUUACAUUGAUUUUGGUGAACCGGAUAUUGUAUCUAUUUCAAAUAUAUUUGAAAUACCCAAGGAUUUUAAGGUAUUACAUUGUUAAACGAAUCGUUGUUUAUUAUAAUAACAUUAAUUCAAUAUGUUUUUUGUUAUUAGAUUCCUUCAACCAUUAUUAAAGUUUCUCUUAAAGGAAUUGAGUCUUGUUCAUUAAGUGAUAAAGCUUCACAAUUUAUUACUGGUUUAUUAUCAGACCAAGUGCAAAUGACUGUUGUAAGUUUAAAUAAGAUAGUUCUGUAUUUAAUUUCACAAGGGUAGAUUUCACAAUGUUAGGUCAUAAUAUGAACAUAAAAUAUUCUCACUUCCUCACUUUAUCUAUUGCAUUUACAUAUUAAAAUUCUGUUCUUUUUUUUUUGCAUUUCUAUGCAUUUUUAUCAUUGCCAUCAACCAAAGUUGUUCUUGAGAAAUAUCAACCACUCAGUUCUUCUAUUUGACAUGUUCUUUUUAUGAUAUAAAAUGUUGUUGUAAUUGUCAUUGAAUAAUAUUUGAUGAUACAAUUUUUUUAUUUAAUUUUUUUGUAGGAUUUUGAUAUUAACUUGCCUUUAAAAGAUGUUACCUUGACAAUAAUUAAUAGCAAUGAAAAUUUAACCAGCAUCUUGGAUAAAUUAUUGAAGAAUAUAGACAACAAUACAGCCAAUAAUAAUGUUAAAAAUACAAAUGUAACAGGUAUAAUCAUUUGUUGCUUAUUAUUAAAUUCAAAUUUUAAUACUUUGGUUUUUAUGAUUGUUUUAAAAUCAAUUUUGAGUUAAACUUGCAGUAAAAUUAUUAAAAUAUUUUGGUUAAUUUUGUUUACAUUUAACAUCAGUUACUUAGUAAUUAAAAUAUAUAUAAUUAUUAAAUAUGUAUAAUAUUUAAUAGUUUAAUAUUAUUAAAAAAAAAAAUCAAAAUUAAUAUAUGUUAUAUCAUUUAUUUAUUUAUUUAUUUAUUUAUAUAUAUAUAUAAAGAGUAUUUUAAACGUUAAAGCUUAAAGAAUGCAAAUCAUCUAAUAUAUGCACUAAAUUGUCCUUAAUAUUAAUUUAAUAUUUAAUAAGUUUAUUUGUAUGGUUAUUUUAAUUUACAUUUUUUAUUAUUAGAUAUUAUUAAAAUAUUUUCAUAAUCUAUUUUCUAUAAUAGUUGCUUAAUUUAAAUUUAAAAAUAUUUAAAAUAUCUAAUAAAUAAAAUGUAAAUAAAAAAGAAAAUUAUAAUUUAUUACUUAUAAUACUUAAAUAUUAUUUUUUCUUAUUUAAUUAUUUGAAAUUUUUCAUAAUAUAUUUGAAUCGAUAAGUAUUAAGACAAUUUUAAAAGUUAUUUAUAAUAAAAUAAAUCUAUUAAAAUUUUCAGAAAAAUAAUGUUUACUGAACAAAUUUUUCGAUUUAUUAUUAUAAAAUAAAGUUAUUUAAUUAUAAAUAUUUUUAAUACUCUUCCCGUAGAGUAAUAUAUAAAAUAAAAAAACAGAAUUUGAUUAUCUUUAUUAUCUUCGGAUAUAUUUAAGGGGUAUAUUUUUGUGGGACAGCCUGUAUUUAGAUAUUAAACCUUUCAAGAGGAAUUAGUAAUUUUUAAUUCCUGGUUUAAUUGGUUUAAUUUUUAACUUGAAAAAGUUCCAAAUAAUUUUUUUCUUUAGUUAUCACUCUCCUAUAAAUCACACCUACAACUAAACAACUUUUUCUCCUACUAAGUCUUUCCAUUAUUUAAGAUUUGGAGAUUUCUUCUCUUUCCUCUGAAUAUCACAUUAAUUUAUAGUCAGUUGAGUGCUGAAAGUCCUUGGGUUCAAUAAACAUAAUACUAAAAACUUCAAAUCCGCCCUCUGCCUUCAUUCUUUAUAUAUUCUGUUUUUCACAAUUUUCUUAUGAAGGACCAACUUCGUUUCAAAUGUGUAAAUAAUAGAUUCUUAUCAUAUGCUGCCUUCAUUCUAAAUACUCUGGUAGUCCACUAUGACUAUAUGCUUAUCAAACUAGUCCUCCACAUUUAAACUCUUUCAAUAUCUUAAAACUGGUCAGCAUUUCAUUCAUUCCCUUUUAAAUGGUUCUCUGAAUGCUCCUGAUCUUCUGAAAAAAGUUUCUUUUAGAGUCACUUCUUAUUCUACCUAUAAUCAGUAUCCUUUUGUUAUUUCUAGUCAUACUACAAUAUACAGUCAUAAUCAACUCCUUCAUUGUAUGCUCAGAAUAUACACUCCUUGACUCCUGUUCAUUAAUAUUUUAAAUUUGCAUAUGCCUAUACUAUAAGAAUUUUAACUAAUUUAUAUAUAUAUUGUAAUAUUGUAAAUUUGUAAUUGCCUUUGACGUUUAUUGGAAAAAACAAAUAGAAAACAUUUUUUUUAAGACCAUACAAAAAAUAAAAAAUCUACAACUACUCUUAAGUUAGACUUUAGUAAAUUUCUAACUUAAGUUUAAUAUUAGUUUGAUGUUUUAAAACUCUUAACGAUUUCAUACAAAUUUUAAUUAUGAGCAUUCUUUUGUAUUGUUUUUUUCUUCUUUUUUUAGUGCUAUGAUUUUCACUGAUAUUUAUGUCAAAAAAAUUAAUUACAUUAUUAUGUCUGUAUUUUUUAUACUUUCCUAAUAAAUUUAUUUAUUUUUUUAUUAUAGUCCUUAAAUAUAAAUAUUUAUAUAAUGUAUUUUGUUUUUUAGAAGAUGAAGUACUGGUAGUAACUCAAAAUAUUAAAGAAUGUACUAUGCCCUCUGAUGAAACUAAUGUAUUAAAAACUGGAGAUAUUGUAUAUAUUACAGCAUAUAUUGAUUUGUGUAACAUCUUUGUUCGUAAAGUUAAUUUUAAUGGUGAUGAAUUUAAAAAACUUAGUGAUAGAGUAAAUUGUUAUUGUUCAUUAGGUCUGUACUUAAUAAAGAAAGCAAAUUUGAAAGAUUCAGUUUAAAUAUUAUAAAAUUUGUUAUAGGAAACUUUUCAGAGAGCAAACCUUUAGAACUGAAUCAAAUUGUAGGUGCUAAAAGUUGUGUGGAUGGGCGUUUUUAUCGGGGAAGGAUUAUUGAAAAAACUGAUGAGAAAAAUUAUGAUAUAGUUUUUAUUGACUUUGGUUUUGAGGAAUGUGUACAUAUCACUGAUAUUGUUCCUCUAACUAUACAACUCCAACAGGUUAGUUAUUAUAAUACUAUUAUAUUAAAUUAUCUUUUUGUAAUUAUGAAUUGUAUUUAGUUACCUGGUAUAGUAUAAUGUAAUAUUAACAAUUAAAUGAGUAUCAACUUAUAAAAUGUAUUUUAGCUGUAUGUAUGCAAUGAAGUUUGAAUAUAUUAAUUUUAAAUUUGUGUAGGUGGAACCGAGUGUUUGUUUAGUUGGACUUAAAGGUUUAAAAUUUGAAAUACUUGAUACAACAGUUGAAAAUUAUUUAAAUAAUUUGAUGUUUAAUAAUGAAGUGAUGAAAAUAGUAAGUUAAAUUUUAAUUUCAAUUGUAAUAAAUUCUUUUAAUAAUAAUAUUAACUAAAACUUGAAAUGAGUUUAUAAUUAUGAGGUUUUGUACCAGUUAUUGUUAAAAAUCUGUAACUGGAUUUAAUUCUGGGUAUCAAGUGGUUAUUCAUUAUGAAAUUCUCGAAUGCAAAUUUGGAAAGCCAGGUGCAAUCCUCUUGCCAUAAAUAUUUUGCUAGGUUUAGUUUUAUAUUUAAACAAUUUUUUUUGUGCUUUUACAAACCUCUAAACCUCCAUUUAUGUAAUUACCUUUAUAUAAAUUAUUAUUACCAUCUAUAUCUGACACAGUCUUAUACAUAGUCCAAUGAUUAGAAAGCAGUUCCUUUUCAACUAUAUGUGCUGGUACUAAAUUUAAAAUAGCCUAAGCACUGUAAUUUAUUAAAAAUCUUGUAAAAGUAAAUCAAACAUGUAUACAAUCAUUACUUAUUGUUUUCUUUCAUCUCAUCACUUUAGGAGUUUGAAGAUUUGAGUGCUGUAACAUUAACUGUGAUCUCUCAAGAACAAAAUGUUGUUGAUUAUUUAAAUGAAUUAUAUGUGGAUAAUACUAUGAUAAAUGACCCUGUACAAGAAUCAUCACCUUAUUGUAAAUGAGGAGUAAAUUGUAAUUUUUAUUUUUUGCUAAUAUAAUUAUGAGUUUAGGUAUGAAGUACAUAUCUCUUGACAUCAGUAUUCCACAAAUACCAUUACUGACUAACAAAAGCAUAGUUACUAUUUACACAUUUAUUAAUUUAAAAGAUAUAUCAAUCAGUGUGACUUAUAAUGAAUUAGAAAUCAACAAGUUUUUAAGUGAUUUUUCUGUGUUUUGUAUGGCAUGUAUGUACCUAUUUAUUAACAUUAAUUAUUUUUAUUUUAACACGACAAAGAUAAAUUUUUGUUCAUUAUUUGAUAUUGUUUAUUUUUUAGCCCAACCUAUUACUCAAACUCCAAGUAUCGGAGAAGUUUUUGGUAUCCGAUCUACUAACGAUUCAUUUAACAGGGGUGAAAUAAUUGAAAUAUUAAAUGACGAUCAAUUUAAGGUUAUGUUAUUUGAUUUUGGGAUUGAAGAAAUUGUAUCAGCUAAUAGUAUUUUCGAAAUAUCCGAACAAUUAAAACAGGUAACUUGAUUUAUAAUGUUAAGUUUCAAUUAAUUUUUUAUAAGUUUAUAAGUUAUUUAACUAACAACUAAUUAAAAUAAUAUCAACCUAUAAUUUUCGCCAUGUCUGAAUUAUAUGUUAAAAAAAAGAAAAAAUCAAAACAAUGUAUGAUGGCACAAUUUUAUUAUAGAUUUAGAUGAAUGCUUAACGUUCAUUUAUAAUAUUAUACUUGUGCACAUCAUUAUUUUUAGCUAUUAAUUUUGUUUUAGGUGCCAAAAAUUAUUUACCGUGUUGGGCUUAAAGACGUUAAUUUUGAUAAUCUUAAUGCCCAAGCCAUGUCUUAUGUGAAUUAUCUUUGUGAAAAUAUGCCUUUAAUUAUUGUAUGUACCUUAUAUAUUUAUAUUAUGAUUGUUUAUACUAUGAUUGUUUUUAUAAUAGUCCAAUUUUUUUAAUUUAAAUUUUUAAUUUUUAAUUUUAGGAAUUUGAUGAAAAUAAUCCAAAUGGGUUAAAUUCCGUAACAUUAACUACUAUUAAAAAUCAACAAAAUGUUAAUAAUCACUUAAUAACACUUUUAACUGGAAAAGAAGAAAGAGGUAAAUAAUUUGUCAGUAAAAAUAAUUUCAAUAUUUUCAUUUUAGAUUCUGAGUGGAGUGAAGAAGCUUGUAGUUUUACAAAGAUUCUUAUUUUUUUUUUCUUGUGCACAACUUUUCAACCAGUUGUUUUGCUCCAAUAUUUAAUGAUAGCAAUGUUUCUAAAAGGAAAUUUUUAUUAGGAAGGUACUUUAGAAAGGUAAUUUUUUAAUUUUCCCGAGAGUUUUCCAGUCACAUGUAAAAAACCGUGAAAAACAUAUGAAAAUCAGUACAUUAUUAAAUACAUAUUAAAAAAAAUAUAUUAUAAUGCCUAUUUAAUUAUUUUACAAUAAUAUGACAUAAUAUUGUUGACAAACCAUCACUAUCAACUGAACUCCGCUCAGAACCGUUUUUUCGUAAGCAAUGGUUUAUUGUUGCUUACAGUUAUACAUUAAAUAAUCUAUAACAGUGGCUACAUCUGUUCCCAUUAUCCUAGGUCGUCUUUUUAAUAAUUAAUUUUGAGUAAAUAUUUAAGAAUAUUUUAUAUUGAAAUAUAAAAACCUAGAAAUUCAAAAAAAAAUUAAUUUUAAGCAAUCAUGCAGGUAAAAAAAUUAUGUAAUAAUGUGUAAAACAAAAAAAGAUUAACAUGGUACAAAAUUAAAUUAUUAAUUAUGAAAUUAGAAAAAAAUUAAAUUUAAGCAUUUAUAAUACAAUGUUAUAAUCUUUUUAAUUGUUAAGAAUAUAUAAACAUUUAUGUUUAAAUUAUUGAACUCAUUAUAUAUAAUAUGCUUUUCAUUGUAUUAUUUAAUUAUUAGAUUCCCCUGAAACUGUACAGAUGCUGACUAAAGGAGACAUAGUUUAUAUUUCUUCAUUUGUGGAUUUACAGUCUAUUUAUGUUAGACGUAUUAAUAAUGGUACUGAUAGAUUUAAAACAUUCUUGGAGAAAUUUUCAUUAUUCUGUUCAUUAGGUAUGUACAAAUGUCAUUUAUAUAAAUUUGUUUAAUAUUUUAAUGUCUAUUAAAUGGUAUAAAACAAAAAAGUUAGUUCUAAAGACGUAGUUUUUAUAUAUUUUUUUUAUUUAUUCAAUAUAACAUAUAAGAUUUAAUAUAGCCACACUAAUCUAAUCACUUAUCAAUUAAUAAACAUUAAUCUCAAUAUUCAUAUUAAUAGAAAAUCCAAUUGAUAAAGAACCUAAAGUUGGAGAAAUUGUUGCUGCGAAAGUAAAAAAAGGAAAUAAGUUCUACAGGGCUGAAGUUAUUUCUAGUGUAGAUAAUGAUCAUUUUAUUGUUUGUUUUAUUGAUUUUGGCACACGGGCUACUGUACAUUGGAGUAAUAUUGUACAACCAUCUGAAAAACAGGUAAAAAUGUAUCUCAUUUCUUCCUUAUGAAUUAGUUUUGUUAAGAUUAAGGUUUAUGAUUAGGUUAGUUAAAUUGUGUUUAGUUGAUAAAAUAAAUACAUUUUUCAGCUUAAAAUUUGUCCUACAUUUAUGGUUGGUUUGGAUGGAUUAGAUUCAGAACCUAAACAAAUAACAUCAAUACAAUAUAUUGAAGAAAUUAGUAAAACGGAUACCUUUAUAAUUGUAUUUAUUAUUACUUAUUUAUUUUACUACCUACUUGGGUAUUAGCUUUUGAACAUUUGCCUUUUUUCCAUAGGAUUCUAUUACUGAAGAUAAUAAAGUUACAUUGAUAUCAGUCAAGACCAAAUGUAAUAUAAAUGAAAAAAUACAAAAACUAAUAGCUAAUGAUAAUGUGAAAUCAAAAAUUCAAAAUAAUACAAUAUAUGUCAGUAAUGGAGGUAAAGUUGUAAUAUUUUAAGUUACACUAGGUAUCUUAAAUUACUUUUGGUUGAUAUUGGAAGACAUUUUAUUUUUUUUAGACAUAGAUGCAGAAACUGAAGAAUCAGUAAUAAAAUAUCACAAACCACUUUUAGAAGUUCCCACACAGGUUUACAGCAUUUUUUAAAUUCAAAAUUUACUCUUGUAAUAUAAUAAUAUAAAUAAUAUUACUAAUAAUCACUUAGAUUUGGAUUGCAGAAAAAAUAUCUGCUUCAGGAUAUUUAGUGCACACCUACGAUAGUCGUGUCGAAUAUAUGCGUUUAGAAAAGCAAAUGUUUGAUGAUAGUAAAACUUUUGAACCGGUAAAAUCUAUUAAAGUUAAUAUGCUCUGCAUUGCAUAUUUCAGUCCUAAUUGGUAAAAUAAACUAUAUUUCAUGUUAAAAUAUGUUUGCCAAUUUAAAAAAAAAAAAAACAAUAUUUUAGGUACCGUGGAGAAAUAUUGGAAGUAGUCAAUAAAGCUACAGUACGUGUUCGUCUUAUUGAUGUUGGAAAUACUGUCAUUCGUAAUAUCAAAGAAAUUUUCUGCAUACCAUCAAAAUACAAAGGAAAAUCAUUGGUGCGUUAUAUCAUUGAUAUAUAAUAUAAUAUAUGAGUAUAACUAAAAGUGAUACAUUUUAUUCAAUAAAAAAAUCAUUGUUAAAAUAUUUUUUUUAUAUUUAAAUAUGUUUUACAUUAAUCUUUAAAUUUUGUCUUUAUGAAUUACAUUUAAAGUUUAUCAGUAAUGCAUUGAAUAUACUCAGUGUAAUUGCUUAAGUAAUAUUUUGGGAAGUUUAAAUAAUAUUAUUUUUGUUCUAUUUUUUUUUUUUUCUUACACAUUAAGGAAAAAUAAUACUUAAAUACAUUGGACAUUUGUUUAUGGUAAAUGUGGUUAAUGAAUCAUUAAUUUGGUAUUAUUUACCCAUUUUUUAUUGUUUACCUUUAUAUCAUAGUUAUCAGAGAAAUAAUUAUUAUUUAAUAAAUUCAUAAAUUCUUAUUUUGUUUUUCAAUUUUUAACUGGCCAAGAAUUUUAAAUUUAAAAUUACUGACAUCCAUAAUGUCUGAAUGCCUAAAUAAGAAGUGAAAGAAGAUACCUAUAUUAUAAGUCAAUUAUUUAGUUAAUUGUGUCUGUUAAAAUGUUUAUUUAUUAAAUACAUACUCCUAAGUUACUUUUACCUUAUAUUUCUAUUAAUUGAUCAUCUGAAAUAUAAAAUUUGAAAAAAAUAUUUUGUUAUAGUUGCUGAAUAUAGAGUUACAGCCUGAGCCACAAGAAAAAUUGCCUAUCACGACAUUCAAAAUUGUUCCUAAAAGACAUGUAAGAUUAAUUAUGCAAGUUUAAUAAUAUCCUCAAUACAAAUAUAUAUAUAUUUUUUUUUUUGAACAAUUUAUCAAUAAUUUAUAAAUUUUAUUGUUUAUUAAUUAAAACUUAUUAAAUUUGGUUUAAUUAUUAUUAUAUUGUUUUUCAAAUGGUACUACUUAACUUUUUAUUUUUAGAGACGUAAUAAUACAUAUGGUUAGACAUGGAAAACAAAUAAAUAAUAGUUCUAACAACAAAAAAGGUUGUAAAAAAAAGCCCCCGGAAAUAAAAAAAAAAUUAAUUAUAGAAUUGAUGGUGGGGGGGGGCAUUAGAAGAUUAAAAAUUAUGGGGAAGAGUAAAAAGAAUAUUAUUAUAGAAGUACAUAAAAAGGAAAGUCGAAGACACAUAUGUUAAGGGUGUAGGAGAAUUGAAAAAAGAGAUGGAAGGAGUUGCAGAUAAAGGAACCUUCGUGAUAAGCACUAAAAGGAGAAUCAUUAAGGGAUAAGUAGUAUGAGUGAGCGGGGAUGUGGGGUAGGAUAGAAGAAAAGAGAAAGUAAAUAUUGAGGUAAAUUAACUCUUACGAUUCCAUGACCUAUGAGCCUUGAAAGUUAGGAAAAAGUCGAAAUUUUAAUUGGAGAAGGAACUAAUUAACCUUUUUAUAUUAAAUCACUAGUACAUCUAUUUUAAGGAAUAGUUAGUAGGUUCUUUUUUGUAUUAAAAACAGGGAGCUUUAAAAUAACCAUACCAUAUUUCAGCCAAAAAAUGUUAACUAACUGAUAUUGUAGUCUAUUCAUGAUUUAGCCAAGUUGUAUUUAUCUGAAGCGUUCUUUAGUUUAUUUUGUUGGAACAAUAUAUUGUCAGAAAAUAUUUUUGCUGAAAAUAAAUUGUUCAAACCACAUUUCAGCUGAAAUGUAUAAUAGCAGAAAUGAAUUGAAGCUAAUUCCAUAUUUUAUUAUUACUGUCAUGUGAUGGAACUGUCGAGUAUUUGUAAUGAAUCUGCUAAAAAUCGAUUAUCUAAAUUUUAUGCUAAAAUUGAGUAUCUGUCUUCAUUUUAAUGUAAAAAAUGACUUCAAAUUUGUUAAAUUUCAUUUUGUAAUACAAUAUUAUUUUGUUAAACAAACAUUUAUUAAAUGCUUAAAAAAACAAAAUUAAUACAAAUAUUAUGUAUUUAUUUGUACACAUAAUUAUUACAUGGCAGAACCUCAAGAGCUAUCCUAUGGCCAGCAAAAUUGAUGGAAUUCAUCCGGAGCAAUAAAUUAUGCCUACACAGUACCUAUAAUUUUUUGGGUUUAAAUACAGUUUGCUGCUGUAUGUUUGUACAACGGUUUUUGAUAGUAAUUCUGUUCGGUUUUAAAAUGUUUGUCUAAAAUAUGGUUUGGCUAUUUUACAAUUGGUCUAAAAUAAUUUUUUGUCUAAGAUAUAUAAAUAAAAUUCAUUAUAAUUUAUGUUUUUAUUGGUAAUACAAUGAGUUGCUUUUUUCCUUAAUUUUUGUAGGUAGAUAAUAUAACUAUAGGAGAGGUAUUGAUAUCACCUACUGCAGAUCAAUCGUACAGUGAUCUGGUUUGUAUACGCUAUUUACCUAUAUUGUGUUUAACAUUAACUGUAUAUUUUCAAUUGCAUUAUAGGAAAGCGUUGGACUCCCAUCUUUUUCUUCAACACCGAUACCCCAUGACUCUGAUAUGUUUCAAUUUAACAAUCACAAUGAUAUGGUAAAUUAAAUUAUUUUUCUAAAUUCAAAUUAUUACAUUAGAAUUUUUUUUAAUUUCUAUUUAGUUAACUGAAAUGUAUCAAGACACAGAAAUAAGUGCACCAUAUAAGUCAAAUAAUAUGUUAACAAUCAAAGACAUACAGUAUGCGAAAUGGUUUAAAGGUGCAUCAAAGUUAUUAACAUUUGUGAUUGUAUACAAAGACUGUUUAAUUCUGAGGGAUCAUAUGAUUGAUGAAACUUUGGGGGAUUUAGAAACACAAAUUCAAGAUUACUGUAAGACAGUCUCAAAUUCAUAUUCUCCAACUGAAAAUGAACUAUGUCUAGCCAAAUAUUGUGAGUAGUAUUUUAAUGAGUUUAACUUAGAUUUUGAAAAUUAAGAUUUAAUGUUUUUGAUUUUAUUAAUCAUUUUAGCUGAUGGAUUAUGGUAUAGAGCCAUAUGCAUCAAAACUGCGGAUCCACUGAACAAAAACUUGUAUACAAUAUAUUACUUAGAUUGGGGAAUAGAAUAUUUUGUAAGUGACCAGGAUAUUUGUGAAAUGUCUAAAGAGUUUCUUUAUCUUCCUGCAACAGCGCAUAAAUGUUAUAUACCAGGUAAUAUCAAUGACAUCGAUUUAAAGCUGUGUUUGUCUAUUAAUAUUGGUGACUUGGUGCUAUUUUUUAUUUUUCAGGUGUUGUUCCAUCAAAGUGGAGUCAUGGUACGAAAGUUGCCAUGUCUCAGUAUUCGUUGACCCAGGUAGAUUGUGUAAUUGUUGAAAAAUUGUCUAAUGACAGUUACACUAUUUCGUGUGACAUUAUUAAAAAUUUGAUCAAUGCAAAUUUGUAUUAA